ACAAUGAGCAGCUUCUUAGACUACUCGGUGAUGAGCGCAGAAGGUGGCUCGCGUUCAAUCAGGGCUUUCCACUCAGACCACGGGAUUACAGCUUUCCAGUCCUGCGGGGCUGCCAUCAACAGCUGCGGGGCUGAUGAGCACUUUAUGGCAAACAGGACUUCUCCUGACAGCAUCCCUCACCAACCGGGGUCAUAUCAGUCUGCAGUAUAUGGAGCCCAUCCGGCCUGCAGCUCUAACUAUGGGCCCCAAAGUUUUUGCGCCACCUAUAACCAUUAUACCCUCAACCAGGAAGUAGACUCUGCAGUUGCGUUCCCCCAGUGCAGUUCACUGAUGUUUUCGGGAAAUGUGUCUUCUUCUAUGGUGUCUCAACAUCGCCAUGGUUACAAUGCCACCCCACUGGGCCAGCUGCAGUAUACCCAUGCUGCUUAUGGUGAUGGGCACGACCAAGCACCCUCUUAUUCUGGGGGUUCCCACCCGCUGUCACCUCUGCAUGCAGCUCACAUGGAGGCUUGCUGCUCACCUCUGUCUGAGAGCGCAUCGUCUGCUCAGACUUUCGACUGGAUGAAGGUGAAAAGGAAUCCACCGAAAACAGGGCGCUCUGGUGAGUACGGUUAUGCUGGGCAGCCCAACACCGUCCGGACCAACUUCACCACCAAGCAGCUGACAGAGCUGGAGAAGGAAUUUCACUUCAACAAGUACCUGACACGGGCGCGCCGCGUGGAGAUUGCUGCCGCGCUGCAGCUAAAUGAAACUCAGGUGAAAAUCUGGUUCCAGAACCGGAGGAUGAAGCAGAAGAAGCGCGAAAAGGAGGGAAUGCUACCGGCUAAAGUUUCCUCCUCUGACCCGGAGGAGAUCAUUCAGGAGAAAAUGGACGACGCAGCAUCUGAGAGGUCCAUCUCAGCCCCAUCCACUCCUUCUCCUUCAUCCUCCACAGUGUCUUCCACGGGUACUGAUAAUUACACCUCUAACUGA